UUCGGCGCGCUCCCCCCGAGCACGAUGCCGCGCAGGAAUGUGAAAGGCGCGCGCCCGCCGCCAUUUUCUCUCUUUCUUGGCAGACAGCGGCAGCGGCCGGAGCGGCGCCGGGGAGGCCAUGGCGGACUAUUCCACGGUGCCCCCUCCUGCCGCGGGCGCGCCCGGGGGAGGUGGCGGCGGGGCUGGAGGAGUGAACGAUGCCUUUAAAGACGCGCUGCAGAGGGCUAGGCAGAUUGCAGCGAAAAUUGGAGGAGAUGCUGGCACAGCAAUGAAUUCUAACGACUACGGUUAUGGAGGGCAGAAAAGACCUCUUGAGGAUGGAGAUCAACCAGAUGCUAAGAAAGUUGCUCCCCAGAAUGACUCUUUUGGAAAUCAGCUACCACCGAUGCAUCAGCAGCAAAGGUCUGUGAUGACAGAGGAGUACAAAGUUCCAGAUGGGAUGGUUGGCUUCAUAAUUGGCAGAGGUGGAGAGCAGAUCUCACGCAUACAGCAAGAGUCUGGCUGUAAAAUACAGAUUGCACCUGAUAGUGGAGGCCUGCCUGAAAGAUCAUGUAUGCUAACUGGGACGCCAGAGUCUGUUCAAUCAGCAAAAAGAUUGCUUGAUCAGAUAGUUGAAAAGGGAAGACCUGCACCUGGAUUUCAUCAUGGUGAUGGACCUGGAAAUGCAGUCCAAGAAAUUAUGAUUCCAGCAAGUAAAGCAGGAUUAGUUAUUGGGAAAGGCGGAGAGACAAUUAAACAAUUACAGGAGCGGGCAGGUGUCAAAAUGGUCAUGAUUCAAGAUGGUCCACAGAACACUGGUGCAGACAAGCCCCUUAGGAUAACUGGAGACCCUUAUAAAGUUCAGCAAGCCAAGGAAAUGGUGCUGGAGUUAAUUCGUGAUCAAGGUGGCUUUAGAGAGGUGCGCAACGAAUAUGGGUCAAGAAUAGGAGGAAAUGAAGGGAUAGACGUUCCAAUACCACGAUUUGCUGUAGGUAUUGUAAUUGGAAGAAAUGGAGAGAUGAUAAAAAAGAUCCAGAAUGAUGCUGGUGUUAGGAUCCAGUUCAAGCCAGAUGAUGGAACAACUCCAGAUAGAAUAGCCCAGAUCACAGGGCCUCCUGACAGAUGUCAGCAUGCUGCAGAAAUUAUUACAGAUCUCCUUCGCAGUGUUCAGGCUGGUAACCCUGGUGGACCAGGACCUGGUGGUCGAGGAAGGGGUAGAGGCCAAGGCAACUGGAACAUGGGGCCUCCUGGUGGAUUACAGGAGUUCAAUUUUAUUGUCCCUACUGGCAAAACUGGAUUAAUCAUUGGAAAAGGUGGUGAAACUAUUAAAAGUAUAAGCCAGCAGUCUGGUGCUAGAAUAGAACUUCAGAGAAAUCCUCCACCUAAUGCGGAUCCAAACAUGAAGAUGUUUACUAUCCGUGGAACACCCCAGCAAAUAGAUUAUGCACGACAGCUUAUAGAAGAAAAGAUUGGAGGUCCAGUGAAUCCAUUGGGUCCACCUGUUCCCCAUGGUCCCCAUGGUGUUGUUCCUGGCCCACAUGGACCUCCUGGGCCACCAGGUCCUGGUGCUCCCAUGGGACCAUAUAAUCCAGCUCCUUAUAACCCAGGCCCUCCUGGUCCUGCACCUCAUGGUCCUCCAGCUCCAUAUGCUCCACAGGGAUGGGGAAAUGCUUAUCCACACUGGCAGCCACCUAACCCACCAGACCCAGGUAAGCCAGGAACAGAUCCCAAUUCAGCAGCGUGGGCAGCUUAUUAUGCUCACUAUUAUCAGCAGCAAGCACAGCCACCACCUGCAGCCCCUCCUGGUGGACCAGCUACAACCCAAACCAAUGGACAAGGAGAUCAGCCAAAUCCAGCACCAGCAGGGCAGGUUGACUAUACCAAGGCCUGGGAGGAGUACUACAAAAAAAUGGGUCAAGCUGUUCCUGCCCCCGCUGGGGCUCCUCCGGGCGGGCAGCCAGACUACAGCGCAGCGUGGGCUGAGUACUACAGGCAGCAGGCAGCGUACUACGCUCAGACCAGUCCACAGGGAAUGCCACAGCAUCCUCCAGCACCACAGGUUUGAUCCAGCCAGUAUAGAACUAGCUCUAUAGGGGUGAGGAGGACUGUGCUGUGUAUCAUCCUUGAUUGUUCCUUCAAGGAGCAUUGCACUGUAAGUACAUCAGAAUGACAAAUUGAUGAACUGCAACAGUAUCUUUUUGUCAAUGUUCCACAUAAUGCAAAUGCUGUACUUGUUGAUAUUAUGUUGGAAUACAGUGCUGGUAUCUUAGGAAAUCAUAAUUGCUUCUUAAUUCAGAAACAUAGGUUUGCUUAUAUAUAUACAUACACAUAAUCUGAGUUUUGUGGGUAAGUAUUUCUGAAACUUUUAGCAAUAGCUAAAGAAAAUCAUGUUUCUGUUUAUCUAAGAGUUUCUUUCAUUAGUACUCAUGAGACAGCUGUCAUUCAGUGUUUUACAGUAUGCAUAUCAUAACAUUGAAGUCUUUGGAACCACUUGUUAGACAGAGUUGUCUUUGUCUCCAGAUAGUUUGCGGAUAUGUAGUGAUAGUAGGUAUGUUUUAAUUCUAUAACUGUUAAUUGCUUUAAUUUUUGGAACACCAUGUUGUUGCUUUGAGAAUAAAUUUUUUUAGGGUGGCUGCACAGAGAAGUAAAAGUUAAGGCUUGAAAACUGAAGUAGUUUUUUCAGGUAAUCAGCAAUGUAUGCAUUGUGCUGUAGAAAUAGAAGGAAUUAUUUUUAUCCUUUUAAAGUUAGGAAUUUGCUGGUAGCUUGAAGAAGGCUAGGACAGUAUUUGCUAUCUUUAGUGUAGGGUAUUAAGUUUAAUAGUUCAGGUAUUUUGCAUGGUAUUUUGUAGAUAACCUUACAGAAUGGUGCAUUUAUUAUGUACUAAAGUGAGCAAAAUUAAAUUCACUGGAUUCUUUAUCAUUCGCAAAAUGGAGGCUGUUGAUUUUGAUUCAUUUAAGGUAUAAAAUCUUUAUUAAUUGCAAACAGUGCAAUUAUUUAUACUUCACAGUGCCUUCCCAGACCUUCCACCUUAGGUUCUGCUGCAAAAAAGCAACAGGUAAGCACAACCUAAGGAAGUAUAUAAAUUAAUAUAUUUCAGUACAUUAAUGUUGUCCCUGUGAGAUCUUUGUGGUUGUGUAUUGAAAAGCAAUCUGCUGCUUCCCCAAAUGCAUUGUUACUCACGGUUCCAUUUGAGUGGAAAAUCUUAAGUUUUUAAACAACUGUUUAUAUUUCUAGGUCAGUAUGUAUUUUUUUUCUUUUUUCUUUUUUCUUUUUUUUUUUAGAAAAGAUUAUUAGAUUGCAGUAAUUGAACUUGAUCAGAAUAACUAAUUUUUGUUAUUUUACCCAAAUAGAUAAUUGUUGCAAUUAAAGAAUCAAAACCUUUAAAAUGUGCAGGAAUUGCUUUGGUUAGAAAUGUCAACAGCCUUCACAAAUGUUUUUUUUUAUAAUAGGGCACUAUUCCCACUUAAUCCGUAAGACCUAAAUGUAAAGAAUGACUUCUUGUUGUUAUCACUGAACUUGAUAACUUGUCUAACAGUUAUAGUGUGUUAGUGGAGUUUGCUUAUUCAUACUUGACAUGGUAGGAAAAGAGAUUUUGGAGUUUGAGAUGAGUAUGUUUUAACUGAAAAAGCAUGAGCACCAGUUAACAGUACAGCAAAUAAUAUUUUAUUGCUAUAGCAGUCAGUGUAUGCUGUUUCUUGAUAUUUUUAACUGAAUUGCUGAAUAUUUUGAUAGUAUAAAAUGUUAAAUGUCUUACAGAUGGUCUGGUACAGGUUUUUAUUCUGAGCUUUUGUUGUUGGUUUUUUUAGUUUAACAUAAAGCAGCAUCUGUUUGGUUUUUUGUUCAUUAUUCUGGUUCUAAAAUGUGCUGCUCCUCUUUCAAAAGUCCUGCUUAUCUGUACAUCAAAGAAAAAUAUUCAAAAAUACUGCCUUCAUUUUCACACACAGUGCUGAAGAUGCUGCAAGCACCAAAUCAUAGCUCAUAGAAUCAGGUCCUGAGAUAGUUACUACCAGUAAAGAGGAAUCCUUUGAGUGUAUGCCAUUGGUGAGCCGAUGAGCAUGGACCAUAGAAGGGCUCCAUGUAGAAGGUAAAAUUGGCAAAAGCAUAACAGAUUUGAAAUGUAUCCCAUACAUAAUGAUAUAGGGUAUAAUUUUUGUUUUGAUCAUUUUUCAUUCUUUAAAGUAUUCUUUGUUUGACCAUUAAUGUUCCAUAAUCUGUUAAAGUUUUUUAAACUGUGAUUUAAUAAUAUAAACCAUCUAUUUUACUUUAUAUUCUUCUAAACAGUCAAGCUAAUUUUUGAACUGAAUUAAUAGUUGUGCUUCAGUUUCUCAAGCCGCUUAGUAUUUCAUCUGUAGCUUAACAUGUAACUUCAUUUUUGACAUGAGAAGAGGGUAGGUGUGUACCAUUUGGAUUUUGAUACUGUGGAUUUAGUGUGGGGGUGAGUCAUUUGUUCACUUCCUUUUUACAUGGUACUUUUUCCUUCAACUGUUACUCCUGCAAUAUCUUGAACAGUCUUUCAGUUGCUAAUUUAGCCUGUGGGAGGAGAUAGAGAAGAAAAGCCAGUGUACUGGGAUGUUGCUAGUGUGUGGAAGGUGAGAUGUUCUUCUGUGUAGCAUUUGAGGUGUAUUGGCUUCCAGCUUUCUCACUGCAGGGCUUACAGGCAUGCUGGUUUGUGCAGAGCAUAGUGUUCCUUUUCUUUUUCAACUCUUGUCUCCAAACUCAGAGUUCCUGGGACAACAGUAGGUUAUUGGAGUUAACUGCAGUAGCCAAAAAGAUAACUGAACUUGCUUAGAAAUGCAGUGAACUUGUCCAAAAGGUGUCUUGAAAUGUUUCUUGCUUACCCCACCCAUCACCGUUUAGUGUCCCACAGUGAAUGUGAAGAGUAAGAAAAGUUUUAAAAGCAAGCAUAAUGUUCCAAAUAGGAAAAGAAAUUUCAUCUCGCUUUCUGCAGCCUAUCCUUUAUUAGGACAUGGAAUGAAAUACCAGGUGGAUACUCUUUAGUGUGGAUUAAUUAGAAGUCAUCUGUUUCACUCAUCAGGCAGACAGGAUCGCGAUUCACUUGCACAGCCUAUCUUGAAGUAUUUCAUCUUUAUACUAGUGAUAUUUAUUGGAUAGUAGAAACUGUUUCUCCCCAUUUCUUUUCCAGAGUAAUUCUUAAGUUUUCCAUUGCAUGCUAAAAGCUUUUCCAUUUUGCUUUUUUCCAGAAGUGGGGGGAGGAAGGGAGGACUGGGCUUUUCAGAAAGCAUACAAUUGACAGGAUUCCCUCUUCCCUAGUAAUAGCUUAUGAAACUCUUGUGUAUGCACAAAUAUUUCUCUUGCGUGCAUGUGAAAUGCCUUUUCGUCCUGAGAAAAGUGUUCUCUGCAGAAACUACCCGUGUGUAAACAGAAGAUUGGCUUUAAAAGGCAACUGUGAUGGGAACAGUGUCUUAGGGAGAUGCAGCUUGGACUUGAGGUAAAUUGAAUGCUUUACAAAAAUGUGGUUUUGAGCUUGCAUUGACUUUGUAUGUAAUAUGGGUACACAUUAACUGUAUAAUGGUUUUUGUAUGGUUUUUCUCAAUAAAUGUAAACUGAUGAAUAAUAA